ACAAAAAAAAAGAAAAAAAAGAAAAAAGAAAGAAGAAUAAACAACAACAAACAAAUCAAACAUCAUUAACGGGGAGAAUUAUUCUGGUGAUCAACAGCUAAUCGUAUCUAUGCGACAUUAUUUGAUCAGUUUCGUCCUCUUCGUCUUGGUCUGUGCUGAGAGUUGCGUGAGCAGUAGCCCGUGUGUUUUGGCGAGGAUGAUUUGCGGACGGUUGUAGCCCAGCCUUCCUCAUCAAAGCGGAGAUCAAGUUGAUUUGCAACUUUGUGAAGUACUCAGAGGCUUUGAUCCAAAAGGACUGGGUUUGUGGGAUAUGGCCCAAUAGCAGCAGCCCGUGAUGCCGGACCAUGACAGCGACUCCCUCCUGAACAGACAGACCAAACGAAGACGUGUGGACAUUGGUGUUAAGAGGACCGUAGGCAGCACAGCCUCCUCCACAGCAGCAGCCACAACAGCAACCACUGAUAACAUUGCCCGGGCCAAAGCAGCCAUUUUCAGUGCCAUGAACUCUCUGAGCUCCCACUCUCACCACGGAUCAGACACCGACUCCAUGGAGUGCUCUGUUGUGCAGCCACAUGGCGGGCCUGGCGUUGUUACAGCCAGCGACAGUGAGUCCAAGUCCAAUGUACUCCGAAAGCUUCUGAAGAGGGCCAACUCAUACGAGGACACCAUGAUGCCCUUUCCUGGCACCACCAUUAUCUCUCAGCUUCUCAAGAAUAACAUGGCUAAAAAUGGAGGAGGACCCGAGAGGGGAGAAAGAGGAGACAGGGGUGAUAGAGGGGAAUCAGGCUUCCCUGGAUCAGGGCUCUCCAAUGCAAGCUCAGAUGCUCCCCAGGAGGAUGCCUGCAGUAACUCCUCCCAGGACAGCACGCCUCAAGAGUGCUUGUCACCAUUUGGCCGUCCUCCUGGCCUGGCUACCUUUGACAUCGAACGUCUCAAUGAUGAACACCUGCGUGCCAAGCGAGCCCGUGUAGAGAACAUUAUACGUGGUAUGAGCCACUCACCCAGUGUGGUGGUACCUGCUGCUUCCCGUCACGAACGUGACCACGAGAUGGAUGGAGAUCGGGACAUGGAGCUAGACUGCCCACCUCCUCAGUCUCAGCAGCAGGCCCCCAGCAGCCCACGGGGAGGCGAGGUGUGCAGCAGUAGUAGCAGCAGCCGAGAGAACAAGCGUAAGCAGCGUCUGCCUCAGCAGCAACAGCAGAGCUUCACCCAGCUGGUGUGCCAGAGGAAGGAGCAGAAGCAGGAGGAGCGACGGCAACUGAAGCUGCAGCUGGAGGACAUGCAGAAACAGCUCCGCCAGCUGCAGGAGAAGUUCUUUCAGAUCUAUGACUCAACUGACGACUCAGAACACAACGACCUCCACAAUGACCUCCACAAUGACAUAGGAAACAUGUCAGAGGACAGCCCAGCCAGGUCUGACACAGGUGGCGAUGACCGAGGUGGAGAUGACUUGCGCUCUGACAAUGAGAUGUCUGACCUGGACCCGGGCCAUUUCCUGGACAGGGCGCGGGCAUUGCUUCAGGAGCAGGCCCUGCUGGCUGACGGAGAGAAGCCAAGAAGAGAGGGGCUCGGCCGGAGCAAAGGACAGGGAGGUCCAGGCUCCUCAAUGCAUGCUGAAGGUAAACAGCUGGCAGAAACACUGAAGCAGGAGCUCAAUUCAGCCAUGACCCAGGUGGUGGACACAGUGGUUAAGGUGUUUGCCAAACCUCCACGCCCUACACCUCAACAGGCCUUCCCCCCGCUUUCCAUACCUCCUGAAAGAUUUCCCACUGCUGUCAAUGGAGAUAACCCUAAUUUCCACACUGCCAACCAGAGGCUGCAGUGCUUCGGUGAUGUCAUCAUUCCCAAUCCACUAGACUCCUUCGCCAGCAUGCCCGGGAUGCCAGGCGCCACCAAUGACCAAACCGAGGCCCUGCCCUUAGUCGUGAGGAAGACACCCAGCGAGCACCACCACCAGUCCUCAGCUGUGGGAGCCCAUGGCGGGCACCACCACCCUGCUCUUCACCCCUCCUCGCUCUCUGCCUCCAUGGGCUUCAGCCCCCCAUCCUUUAGACACCCCUUCCCGCUGCCUCUCAUGGGCUACCCUUUCCAGAGUCCCCUCGGUGCACCCACAGGUAGCUACACGGGCAAGGACCGUUCCUCUCCAGACUCCAUGGACCUGUCCCGGGAGACCACCAGCCUGAGGACCAAGAUGGCAUCAGGUCACCACCUGGGGCACCACCAUCGCUCUUGUUCACCAGCGCACCCUGGCAGCACAGCCGAGGGUCUCUCCCUGUCCCUCAUCAAGUCUGAGUGCAGUGAUCUCCAGGACAUGGCUGACAUCUCACCUUACUCAGGCAGCAAUAUCCAGGAGGGUCUCUCCCCAAAUCAUCUGAAGAAGGCCAAGCUCAUGUUUUUCUACACCCGCUACCCGAGCUCUAACAUGCUCAAGAUGUUCUUCUCUGAUGUCAAGUUUAACCGCUGCAUAACCUCCCAGCUGAUCAAAUGGUUCAGCAACUUCAGGGAGUUCUACUACAUCCAGAUGGAGAAGUUUGCCCGCCAGGCCAUCAACGACGGAGUCACCGGAGCCGAGGAGUUGAGCGUCAGCCGCGACUGCGAGCUCUUCCGGGCACUAAACAUGCACUACAACAAGGCCAACGACUUCGAGGUCCCCGAUCGCUUCCUGGAGGUGGCCGAAAUCACACUGAGAGAGUUUUUCAAUGCCAUUGUGGCCGGCAAAGACGUGGACCCGUCCUGGAAGAAGGCCAUCUACAAGGUCAUCUGCAAACUGGACAGCGAGGUCCCCGAGAUCUUCAAGUCCCCCAACUGUCUGCAAGAGCUUCUACAUGAGUAA